AUGGCGAACAUGGACUGGAUUGAAUCUAGUGACAGGGUUCGGAUUCGCAGCAUUUCGCAGCGAGACAAGCUUGAAAUCGGCACAUUGCGUGUUGAGGCCUUGGUCCUCCAGACCUUGGUGAGGGAGUCAUUGGAUCGGUGGUUUCUCAAGACAAAGAGGGACGGGGAAGCCGAGUUGGGUGGUGCCCAGGAGAUCUUUCUGACUUCGGUGUGGCCAGUGCUGGCGAGCGCCAUCCCAGAGAGUCUGGGCCAAGCUUUCGUGCAGAGUCCGAGGAGGGUUGGGCAGCUCCGGCACAGCUGGAACAUCCGCGGCCGCUGCCUAGUACCACUCGAGGACGGGGAGCGGUGCGAGACCGACCAGGUGAGCAUUGUAUUUCAAGACGUCACGGCAACAGCCAUCUUGCCAAAGCCCCUGGCAGAGAAGUAUCUUGUGAGCCAGAACUGCUCCAAGUCCUGUGAGGCGAUGCCGCGGCUGCAUUCCUACGUUAUGUCCUCGGAG